UGCUAACCCCAAUCCUGACCCUCUCUCAUGACCAGCUGCAGAAAGGAAAGAAAAUCCCUUGGCUCCAAAAUGACAUCCGGAGAACCGAAGACAAGCCUCAAGAAUGCCUACCCAUCUGCCCAGAGGCUGCUGCCGAAGGCGGAGGAGAGGGAGGCGGAGGACUACUGUACCCCCGGAGCCUUCGAGCUGGAGCGUCUCUUCUGGAAGGGCAGUCCCCGGUACACCCACGUCAACGAGGUGUGGCCCAAUCUCUACAUUGGGGACGAGUCGACGGCGCUGGACCGCUACCGACUGCAGAAGGCGGGCUUCACGCACGUGCUGAACGCGGCCCAUGGCCGCUGGAACGUGGACACAGGGCCCGACUACUACCGGGACAUGGCCAUCGAGUACCAUGGUGUCGAGGCCGACGACGUGCCCACCUUCGACCUCAGCGUCUUCUUCUACACUGCGGCCUCUUUCAUCGACGCUGCGCUCCGCUUGGAUCACAAUAAGAUCCUGGUUCACUGCGUCAUGGGCCGCAGCCGGUCGGCGACACUAGUCCUGGCCUACCUGAUGAUCCACAGGAACAUGACCCUGGUGGACGCCAUUCAACAGGUGGCCAAGAACCGCUGUGUCCUACCCAACCGGGGCUUUCUGAAGCAGCUCCGGGAACUAGACAAGCAGCUGGUGCAGCAGAGGAGACAGACACAGCUCAGUGACAACGGUGAGGCCGGUGAGAAAGAGCUGUAGGGCCCCGCGUGGGCCCGCAGAGACUCUUGGG